AUCAACAUCGCCCAGAAACUCAGGGUUUCCUUCCUUCCUUGGACCUCCACGCCGCCGCCUCCUACCUUGUCCAGACGAACCACCGCAGCGUUGUUGCCGAACCACAGCUCUGCCCCCGCGCCGCGCCUCCGGUGGCCGCUUCUUCUUCGACUCCGGCAUAGAUUUAGCCCUCAAGUGAGGCCCCAGCGUCUCACCCCAUGGCGAAGAAGAGGAAGCGCAGCUCCGAUGCUCUUGCCCCUGCUGCUGUAGAGAAGCCUGACGACUCUGCGCCAGAGCGGCCGGAACGCACCCUCUUCGGGUUUAAGGACUCGUCUGAUGAGCCUGCUUCUAAGGACGCAGGGCCUUUCUUCCGGAACAAGGAGAAGGUGCUCAUUACGUGCUCCCGCCGCAUCAUUUACAGGUACCGGCAUCUGAUGCAGAACGUGGUGUCGCUACUGCCGCACGCCAAGAAGGACAGCAAGGUUGAGUCCAAGCAGAGCAAGGGCAGCGCGCUGAACGAGCUGGUCGAGCUCAGGAGCUGCUCCAGCUGCCUCUUUUUUGAGUGCAGAAAACAGAAAGAUCUUUACCUUUGGAUGGUCAAGUCCCCUGCAGGGCCAUCAGUGAAAUUUCUAGUCAAUGCUGUUCACACCAUGGAGGAACUGAAGCUCACCGGCAACCAUCUGAAAGGGUCACGUCCUCUGCUAACAUUUUCUUCAAAUUUUGACCAGCAACCUCAUUGGAAGCUCUUGAAGGAAAUGAUAACACAAAUUUUUGCUACUCCAAAAGAUCAUAGGAAGGCAAAACCUUUUCAUGAUCAUGUUUUUGUGUUCUCCAUUGUGGAUGACCACAUUUGGUUCAGAAAUUACCAGAUAUCUGUACCCCACAAUGAGAUUGACAAAGUUGAUAAAGGAGGCCUAGAUAAAAUGACACUUGUUGAGGUUGGCCCCAGGUUCUGUUUGAAUCCAAUCAAAAUAUUUGGUGGCAGUUUUGGUGGCCCCACAUUGUUCGAGAACCCAUUCUACGUGUCUCCCAAUCAGAUCCGCGCACUGGAGAAGCGGAAGAAGGCUGGCAAGUACGCCAAGAAGGUGAAGGCCAAGGUGAGGAGGAAGAUGCAUGAGAUGGAGAACACCCUGGAGCCUGAUGAAUUUGCUGACCUUUGGAAAGGGGAGGACUAGCUAGUGCGGGUGACUGUACCAAAGAAUUUGAUCGUCAAACCCAUGCAUGCUGGCUAUUGCCAAGCACUGAAUUUUGCACUAUUAUGUGGCAGUUCUUGUAUGACAAUCAAAGCAUGUGUUAAUUUAUGUAAACAACUUGAUUUUGUUCUUGCUCGUAUGUCGUAUCCUA